AUGCGUUUAAUCUGUUUUACCUUCUUCCUCUUCCAACUGAGUGACAGUCAAACUACCGAGCCACAAAUAGAACCGUUGGAUUUGUCAUUGCCAAGAGUGAUUGAGGGAUGGAUUGGGCCAUCAAAUCCAUCAGUGCCAGAAGUGAGUGGAGGACAAGUGAAACUCAGUGAAACUCCUCAAGAUGACGCAAGAUUAUUGAACUUAUCAGUUGAAGAAGCCAGUGAAGAACAAACAUGUAUAGGAAUAAAACCGAAGAAAUUAUGGAUCGAAUCGUUUCAAAAGGAAUCAUCCAAACAGGAAGAACAAACGGGUCAGGAUGACGCAAGAUCACUGAACUUGCCAAUUCAAGAAGGGAGUAAGGAACAAACAGGAAUAGAAAGGAAAAGGAAAAUGUCAAGAACAGAUACGACUCGCACAGGUGAAAAGCGGUUCAAAUGCGAUAUAUGCGAAAAAAAAUUCAUUCGAAAAAGGGAUCUGGUUGUACACAAUAUAACUCACACAGGUGAGAGGCGGUUUGAAUGCGAUAUAUGCGGGAAGAGUUUCACUCUAAAUAGCAAUCUGCUUGUACAUAUGAGGGCUCAUAUCGAUGCGAGGCCGUUCUCUUGUUUACAUUGCAACAUGAGAUUCAACAGGAAAGACGUGAUGAAA